GACAAACAAAGUAGUAACGCGCGGAGAGAGAAAGAGAAAGAUAGUACAGAUACACGGUACUGCCUGCACAAGUUUCAGUUUCUCACACACACACAUACACCAUUCAGAGAGAGAAAGAAAAAGAAAAAGAGUUUUGGAGUUUCUUCUCUCUCUGAAACUCAACUGAACUUUCUAGAGAGUAAGAAAUCUCAGGUGUUUGUUUGUUUUGAGAUGAUGCUGAGGAAGAGGACAGGGUCAAUCCAGGAAGAUCAACAACAACAACACCACAUGGGUCAAAUGGAAGUCUCUGAUACAAAUUGUGACUACCAUCAUGCCUUGGAGAGUAAUGUCAAAAGCAGCAACUCACUUUUCAAAGCCCCAAUUUUAUUUGUGGGUUUGGGACCAAAGGGCUUGUUGGAUUCUGAUUCAGUUAGGAGCCCCACUUCCCCACUAGAUGUAACAUUGCUUUCAAAUCUAGGAAACCUCUUAAGAACCCCAAGAUCAUCAUCCAUUGAGGGGCAGCAGCAACAUAGGAGCUGGGACUGUGCCAAAGUUGGUUUAGGUAUCAUAGAUUCUCUGGAGGAUUGUUCUAAUGUUUCUGGGAAAAUUAAUAUUCUCCUAUCAUCUGAGACCAAGAAGACUAGUCUCAGUCCCCAAAUGAUUACCAAACCCCCAACUUGUAAGUCCUGUGUGGAUCCUGUUCAGGCCUCUAAGUCUUUACCUAAAGAUUUUUAUAAGCUUCCCUAUACCCAUAAUAGUUCUUCUGCUAACCACAAGGGUGAAUCCACUGUUCUUUUUGAGAUUGGAGAGACCCCACUAGAAUAUGAGUCCCUUGGGAAAAAUUGUUCUUGUUCAUUGGACUCCUCCAGUUCAAUGAAAAAUCUUUCUGGUUUAACUGGUUCUAACUUUGAUUCAGAUUCUGAGAUUUUAUCCUCUCCUCCUCAUUUUAUUGGAGGAAGCCACAACCCAAACACCUUGCCACCUGCAGAGUUAAAUUCAAAUUCAAACCCUGUGCCAGCAUCAUCCUCCUCUAAUGAAUUUAUCAAGUCCCUAUCAGCUAGUGAGAUUGAAAACUCUGAGGACUACACAUGUGUGAUUUCCCAUGGUCCCAAUCCCAAAACAACCCAUAUUUUCUGUGACUCUAUCUUGGAAGUUCAUGCUAAUGAUCUUAAAAAGUAUUGUAAGAGUGAAGAAGAGGAAGAGGAGGAGGCGAAACUGUCCUCUCCCAUGGUUAACAAGUUACAGACUCCAAACCAAUUUCCCUCUGGUGACUUUUUGUGUGUCUGUUACUAUUGCAACAAUGAACUGGUAGAGGGGGAAGAUAUUUACAUUUAUAGAGGUGAAAAAUCAUUUUGCAGUCCAGCUUGCCGUGCCAUGGAGAUCAUGAUUGAUGAGGAGCUAGAAGAACCCGAUUCAUCAUCUGAGAAAUCUCUAGAGGGGGAAUCUGGUGGUGAACUUUUUGAAACAGGCUUCAUCAAAGCUAUAUAGAGGGCUUUUCAGCCAUUGGCACUGAGGCCAUGAAAUGAGUAAACGCACCUGAUCAUCUGUUCACAAAGGGCUGUUUUUUGUGUGCAUUAUUAGCAGCCAUGGAUGGUUGUUUUGUACAUCAUUGCGUUUGCUGUUGGUUUUUGUGCUUUUCAUGGUCUUGGUGGAUGUGGUUCUCUUCAGCUAGAUAAUUGGUUUCCAUAAUUAAGUUGAUAGAUAUGUUAAGACACUAUAUGAUAGGUUAAGCUUUUUUGUUUUUUCUCAUUAAGGUUUAAGCCUUUUUUUUCAUGGCUUAUCCCUUAUUGUCGGUGCUUUGCCUUUAUCUCUAUUAUGUCAGUAUAUGCAACCCACUCAGACAAGUGUCUGACUUGGAAGGUUGUGCUGCUUGUAAUGAAUAUGGAACUAUAUGCUUUCCGAUGAAUUUUGGAUUGUGAAUUGGAAAACUAAUUGAUUUGAUCCUUUAAUCA